CUGGAAUCGCUUGCCCCCUCCUUUCCUGCAUACAGCUUGAUAUUACAAUAAGUCAAAUUUUCUAGGCUUUUGACGGAAGACAUUGAAAGUUGUUUCUUCAGUACUGGGACUCUAGUCAACAACUCUUCAAAAGAGGCUGAAACUUGUAUGGCAACCCAAACAGGUUUUGCCACUGGACGUUGCUAUGGAUUAAUGCUGCCUGGGAGCCAGUAAACUCAUUCACUUCCAUGUACAAGAAGAGGAGAAGAAGAGAAAUGGAAGGGAAGAUAGGAUGAUUUGGCAGGGUGGGGAGCGCUAUUUGGAAGCACCUCUGGGAGAGAAUACCCCUGGUACAAUAUGAGUACUUUGUAAAUGUGUGUCAUAACUGCUUACCUCUUACAGACAGAACCCAGAGAAUUGUUAUUAUAUUGACCUCUGAUCUGUAGGUCGUUUUUUUUUAAAUUAAACAAGGGUACCUGUAAUGAGAUUUGUGACCUACCUUUUGUUACCUUCUUAUCAAAUGUAUGCCCUUGGAAGGAGGUGUAAGAAGAGAAUUGGAGAAAAUUUUAGAUUAUAAGCUAACUGUGGUGGGUGGUCUCAGCUCAGAAGAAAAAGGAAACUGUUCUGGCAAUGUCAAUGAAACAAUGAAAUAUAACCUCUUAAAUCAUUAAUUUCCUGUAUUUACCUAUUUAAACAUCUGGGCAAAAACCAUGUGGACUGCUUAUGCAAAAGGAAAUGUGCCUCAGAAGCCUUCACGUAUGGUAAGUGUGUUUUCAGGAAAUCUAACUGAAACAGAGCAAUGCUAUCUGUGUCUCCUUUUCUAAUAUUGUAUAUAUUUAACAUUCUUAUGAUUGGGGGAAAACAUCACUUUUUUAAAAAUUGUAAACUGCUCAGAGAUGUUAAUUUGGGGUGGCAUAUAAAAAUGUUAAAUAAAUAGAAGAUUGUAAUAAAACCAGUUAGACCCAAUAAAGCUGGCAGGACUGGUGUCAGGAGCUGGCAUACUGGGCAACUGCCAAGGGCCCUUGGAAGGGUCCUCGGAGACCACCUUUGUGUCCAUUGCCUUUAUGUGGUCUUGAGGCCCUACUAGGUAGGAGAGGGCCCACGGAGUGCAAUUUACCACUGGCAACCCCUUAAAUCUGGAGCUAGCCCUGUAAGAUUGUUUGAAAAGUGAAAUGUGUACACACAAUAGUCCUUUCUUGCAUAAAAGAGUAGCUAGAUCAGAUCAUGGAGGAAGAAGUGGCAUAAGUUAAGGCAGGGGUUCUCAAACUUGGACCCCCAAAUGUUGGACUUCAAUUCCCAUAAUCCUCAGCCACAAUAGCCUUUGUGGCUGAGGAUUAUGAGAGCUGGAGUCCAGCAUCAUCUGGAGACCCAAGUUUGAGAACCCCUGGGUUAGGGGGAAGGUUCCACAAUGUUUUUGUAUCUCUAGAUAAGACGGAGGGCUAAAAUUUUAUUCUUACAAGUUGGUAGACCAUAGACAAAAAUAUUUAAUGCCACUUUCCCCCACUGCUGCCAUAAUAGUUAUGCUGCAUGCUUUGUAUUCUGAUACUAAACUACAUGUUACAGUAGAUAGGUGAGAACAAAAAUACAUUAACAUAUUAAGCAGAUGAGAACAUAAACGUAAUCAAGAAAAGGGACAAAUUAUAUCACUAGGGAUACUUCAUUAGUUUUAUAAAACUGAUACAAAUGUUUUGAGAAGCUAAAUAUGCUUGCCUUGCCUAGCCUUACAACAAUGGGGUUUUUUUUAAUGGUCUCAAAUGAAUAUAAUUGUUGUAAAGUUGGUGCACAUCAAGAUUUUAUGUUGUAUUGUUUUCCUACAGGGUUAUAAAGAAACAAUUGCUUUGCCUCCAAUUCACAAAAGGUCACAGAAGCAUAUGACGGCUAAACAAAAGUGUCAUUGGCAUGUGCCAUAUAUGAAGGUAACUGAAGAGACAGACAUGCGUGUGAGGACACAUUUAAGGCACCACAUGUAUUUCCGUUUUGUUAAAAGGCUGAAUCAUGCUUCACAGGGGCAGCCGUACUUCCAAAACCCAGAGGCAUUUAUUCUAAAGCCUGAAGCAAAUGCAAUAGAUCGGGUCAAAUGCCACCAUGCAACUUUCAGUGUCUGCUCAAAUGAAUCUCUGGAGAGGGAUGAAACCACUGAAUUGACUGAAAAAGAAUUAAUUUCCAGACACAAGAAAAUGAAAGCACAGAGAUCAAUGCACACAAACAGAUGGCUCCUCCAAGCACAAACAAAUGAUGAAAUCCCUCAUUUGGAAAACACCAAGACAACUGAUGAAACAGAAAUCAACAGAAGGAUAAUGGAUUUAUCGAGAAGCACAUUAUUGAGUUCCCCAGGGUUAUCAGAUAUAAAUGGUUCAAAGGAUAAAGGAGCAGACAGAGCUGAUUACAAUGGAUUCUUGUCUUUAACUGCACCUCAGCAGCAAGUCCAUACAGAAAAAAUAAAACCCUUUCAUGCUCUCUUGCUGCAAAACAAGCGAAUAACUAAUGAUAUCAGAUAUUAUCAGCACAGCCCUCCAGACGGUGACAUGAGCAGGGCUGUAAUUAGAGGACAAAUCAAUUUGCCAUGUUCAUCCAUAAGCAAGAUCUUCAUGAUCUACAUCUGUGGAGGCUUUCAAGAUUCAGAAGUAGAACGAAAUGCAUUAAUGGAGAAGGCCUUUCCUUGGCUAUACAGCUAUUGCAAAGAGAGAGGUUAUGAUUUCCGGAUGCUGGACCUGAGGUGGGGGAUAAAAGAUCAAAUCACUAAUGAUCACCGCAUGGCUUCUUUGCAUAUGAAGAUGCUCCGGAAAUGCCAGGAGUUGGGAUUCCAAAGCUUUGUUAUUUUCAUUGGUCAAAAGCAUGAUGAUCCCUCAAUCCCAGAAAUAAUAACCAAGGAAAAUUUAGAGGCAAUGAAAGCCGCAAUUGAACACAUGAAGCUGAGUACCAAAAAGUCAAAGCAUACCUUGUCUAGUGAUUUGAAAGAAGCAGCUCAAUUAGAAAAAAAAGAUGAAAUCCCAGAGCAUGUUAGCCAAGAUGUCCUAUGCUCUGGUGAACUAUCAAAAGAAUAUGAAGCUGACACACACAGCGAGGAGCCCAAAAUUUCAAAUGAGCAAGACUUCUCUCAUGCUUCUCUACUCCCACAAAAGACUGUAGCUGAAUAUGAAAGAGAACUUCAGCUUCUGAAUCAAUGGUAUCGCUUGGAUGAAAACUCUAUCCCUGCAGUUUACAGGCUUCAGCCUAUUUGCACAGUGUAUGGAGAUAUCUUCAGCAAGGAUCCUACCCGCAGGCAACAGGCUAAGAACAAAUGGUUACUGAAUCUGCAGAAGUUACAUAAAAUACUUCAAGAAUAUGGUCCAGCAGCUCUUGGUGAAGAAAUUGCUGCCACAUUGCUCAAAACAGUUAUGCAACAAGAAGUGGAUCAAGGAUUCCAAGUCCAGGGUUCUUGUGAAGAUCAUUGUCACUGCUUCAAAAGAAGCAUAACUGAUCUAACAUGCAACUUGUCAAGUACCCAGGCCUCAAGAUAUAUUGACAUUCACCCACAGAGACCAGAGAUCAACAAAACAAUGCAUGAAGCACAUCAAAAUUUUGUGAAAAGCAUCCAUUCCAGGCUUCGUCACACAAAUAUCUAUAAAAAGAACAUUACCUGGGGAAAGGAUGGAAUCAAUCCCAGCAGCAACAGAUCCCAUGCUUAUUACCUUGAGUGCCUUUGCAAUGACUUUCAAAAAAUUGUUAGCAGCCAGUUCAACAGAAUGAUUAGUUCAAAGGUUGUUCCAGAACAGCUUCAUACAAGAAAGCAAGCAUUUGGAAUUCAUAAUGAUGAAGAGAUUCUAGAACAUAUCCAGCAUUGUCAAGCCUUGGUUAAAUGUAUGGUCGGAAGAGAAAUGUUUUUGUGUGAGCUGAAAAAUCAGGUUACAUCUCUAAACAGAAGAUUAAUUGUUCUUUGUGGAGAGGCUGGAAGUGGGAAAAGUGCCAUCAUGGCAAAGGGAGCUUCCUUGGCUUCUAAUUGGAUCUCUGGGAACCUCAGAGUUAUAGUUCGAUUUAUUGGUCUCACUGGUGAAAGCAGGAAUAUUCGAUUGAUUCUCUUGAGUCUGUGCUACCAGAUAUCUGAUAUUUACAAUGUCCGUGCUAACUUAUCCCAGGAUUUUGAUGGACUGGUGGCAGAGUUUAUCUCCUUACUGGAAUUUGCUACGCAAGACAAACCACUUCUAAUAUGCCUGGAUGGCAUAGAUGAGUUGUCAGAGGAGUAUGAUGCUGACCUUUCUUGGAUACCUACUGAAUUACCAAAGAAUGUGUAUUUGAUUAUUUCCACAUGCACAGAAUCAGAUUUCUCAUGCUUAAAAAAAUUGGAGAAAAUAACAGUUAACGAGAAUAUUCUUCAAAUACCUCCUUUAACAUCUGGCGAGAUCAGUUUGAUUAUCAGUUCCUGGUUUAAAAGAGAUCACCGAAGACUCUCCAAACAUCAGUAUGAUCAUUUAAUGGAAGCAUGCACAGCCUGCCCACUACCACUGUAUCUCUAUUGUGCUUAUAAGGAAUCCUGUUUAUGGACAUCUUUCAGUUCAAAGACAGAGGCAUGUCUUCCUCCAAAUAUACCGGACAUGUAUUCAUUGAUACUGAACAGACUGGAAAGAUUCCAUGGAGAACAAGUUGUGAAAAAAAUGGCAGCCUACAUGAUGCUUUCAAGAAAUGGUAUCACACAAGAAGAGCUACUCGACCUUAUGUCAAUGGAUGAAGCAGUAAUUCUAGAAGUAGUUAAAUUCCAAAAGGCCUCUGUUUCAGCGUUCCCUCUGGUGCUGUGGAUGGAGCUUUUGGAUGAUCUUGGAGAUCAUCUGAGACAACAGAGAACAGAUAACACUUAUGUUUUUACGUGGGCUCACACAUCUCUGAAACAUUUUUGCAUUGAGAGAUAUAUCAAAGCACUGGAUUCCAGGGUAUCAGUACAUACUACCUUUGCAGACUACUAUUUGGGUAGAAUUCCACAUGAUCUCAGGAAACACAGUGAAAUGUCUAUAGUUCAGCCUCUGGCUUGGGUUUUGAACAAGGAAUCCAAGACCAGCUACAUUUUUAAUAUCCGCAGGCUCUUUGGGACUCCAUAUCACCUCAUCAAAUCUAAUAAUAUUACUGUUUUAAUAAAAGAAUGUCUCUUUAAUUAUGAGUUUCUCUUGCACAAAUGCUGGGCUUCAUCAAUUAUCAGUGUAGAAGAGGACCUAAAAGCAGCCAUCAAGAAAGAAAGGACUAUACCUGACCUAACUUUAUUAAGUGAAGCUCUCAGGUUAUCCCGGGAAGUUCUAAUACAAGAUCCAUGUCAGAUGGCUUCACAGCUUAUAGGCCGCCUUCAUCAGAUUGCAGCUGCCGAUAGACCAGUGGCCCCAGGUGAUCCCAAAAAAUAUCUCUAUCUGCCAGUCCUUUUGUCCCAAUGUCAGAAGUCUUCAAUUCCUGUUCUUGUACCAUCAACAUCUUGUCUUAUAGCACCUGGUGGACUUCUCUGUGAUUUUCUGAAAGGUCACUUGGAUAAAAUUACAGCAAUUGCUGAAACCCAAAAGGAACUCACUGUUGCAACAGUCUCCAGCGAUGGUACUUUGAAAAUGUGGGAUUUGAGGGCUGGCAAAGCGGUGUUCACUCUGCAUGCAGUUGGAAAGAAUAUCAGUGCUAUUGCUGUAUGUUUGGAGAACAAGUUAGUGGCUGUGUCUGACAAGACAACCAUUAAAAUCUGGGACCUUUCCUUGGAAAGAGUGGUAUAUGCAGCUGGUGAGUUUUUGGAUACUCCAGUAUUAACAUCUGCAAUGAAUGGACAACUCCUGCUUGUUUUUUUUAAUGGCAGCCACAUGGUUCAGGUUUUUGAUCUAACCCAUUCAUGCCGGUUGCUCCAUGAAGUAUACCUUUCUACAGAGGAAGCGCCUAUUCACAAAAACCAUUCCUUACUGGUAUCAAAGAAUUCAGUGAAAGAUUAUGUUCUUUGUGCCUAUAGGAGUGGAAAUGAAGCCAUGGUCUUUAGUGGCAAAAAGGGGGAAAUAGUUGCUAUAUUGAAAAGCCAAGAGCCAAUGGCAGCUGCUGAGGAUGUGGCUGUAACUAAGGAAUAUUUCCUGGUGAUUUUCAGGUGUCCCUUCAUGAAACAGCGGGAGAUUGUGCAUAUAGAGCUCUACAGUGUCCACACCUUUGCCUUUGCUCACAGCCUGAAGGGAUGCUGCAAUGAUUAUAUUCACAUUUUUGCUGUGAAUCAUUUGGGCUCACACCUGGUGGCAUUCAGCCCCAUCCCAAACACCAAUACUACUGAAAUAAUAUCAUGGAAUCUGGAGUCCGAAGACCACAAACAUUUGGCUAAAUUUUCUUCAGUGCCAAUUGAUGGUGUAUGCUCUGACCUUCGAUACUGUUUAACAUUCUGUGAUGGAGAGAAUUACCUUCGAUCAUGGAACUUGGCUUCCAGGAUCAAUGACCAGUCUUUGACUGUCUCUGCAAACAAAGGAAAGAAAACAAAUGGUAUUCAGAAUAUUGUGACAAUGGAGAGCUAUCCCAGGUAUGCUGUGUGCCAAAAUAAGAGUCCAGGAAUCAUAACAGUGUGGAACAUUGUGAAAUCAAAGUGUAAACACAAUGCUGUGAGAGUGGAGAGAGGGCUAAUAGAGAAUACGGACAUUGUGCUGGUUCGAGACAUGAAACUUUUUGUCCUUACAGACAAAGGAGUGGCCUCCUUUGCAGAUCCCCCACAACCCAUUUUCCAGACCCUGUUAGUAUAUGAUCUCCUGAAAAAGAAGUACAUAAAGAAACAAACAGGCCUUUAUAUCACUCCUUGCCCACAUAAAGAAUACAGGAUCCUUGAAGGAGGCCUUCUACUUGGUCUUUCAGAGAACAGAGACCAUUUUAUCACCUGGAAUUUGGAAACUGGAUUUAUUAAGCAUCGAAUAAGGGCAGAAUACAAGGACAAGUUUUGUUUGCAAGCUGCUCAAUCUAGUUAUUCCUUGUCCAAGGAAAAUAUAAAGCUGUACAAUGGAAUCUUGUCUAAUGGAACAACAGCAUUGUGGCACCCCUGGGAAAAGCGAAACGAAACGAAGUCUGGAAAGAAAAGGAGGCAGGAAAAAGCAGCAGAAAUUAUGAUGGAGAAGCUACAAGAACUUGCUAAUGAGAAGAGCCACGCUAUUGACCAGUACCUUCUGAGUGGAGAUGAGCAGGUAGCUGUUUGUUCUUACUACGCCCAUCACUUGUCAGUGUUCAGCUUGGAAAGCAUGUCCCAUAUCCAUACACUUGAGAGUAGAGAAUCCAUGCUUUUCUUACACAAUGCCAGCUUGACCUACAGUGGCCAUUAUCUGGUGCUCUCCAAUUACAGCGAGGAGGAGAAAAUCAGCUAUGUAACACUGUGGAAUUUAGCUACAGGAAAGGUUAGGAAAAGAUUAAAAAAUGAGCCAAAUGUCUGCUGCACAGCCAUUACUGCUGAUGCUGGUAGAAUAAUUUUUGGAGUGAUGCUUGAAAACAAAAUUAAAAUUUGGGAUCCAUUUAAACACAGACACAAGUUAAUUCAAGGUUAUGAAGGUCUGCAUCUGAAUGUGAACAGUAAACUACACAUAUUAGAACAGACAAAGGCAAUCCUGCUUGCAGGUGAAGUCAGUCUCUGGGACUUGGAAAAUGGCACAGUUAUAUCCAUCUUUACACCAGAUAGCAAAAUCUUAUGCUUGACAGUUGCAUUUGACAAAAAGACAAUUCUUUUAGGCUUGAGUGACAGUCCUACUCUUAUUACUUUGAAAAUGCUGAGCAUCAACACUGCCACAUGCUCAACAGGAAAAGAUUUGUUUGGAGAAGAAUCUACAAGCAGCGAAGAAGAACCUGAAGUUACUUAAAUCCAUUCUUAAAAGCAAGAUAACUUAGCAAUAAUCUGAAAAUGUAUUCCGUAUAGUAAGAAUUUUAAAGAGUCACAUAUGUAGUAGUCUUAGUGAUACUAAAAUAAAAAUAUUUUAGUUCAUAUUGUAGAGAUAUUAAGAAUAUCUCUAUACCACUCUUCAACAAAAAUUUCUUUAAGUAGUUACAUGGCAAAGGGAGCAAGACAACUUCUCUCUGCUCUAAAUAUUUCAAAGUCUAUUUUAUAAUAGGGGUGCCUUUCCUCCUAUUCCUGUUUGGCUGCAGAUGAAUGAGUUGGUGCAACUUAUUUGCAUAAAUGAAUCAGCAUAAACCACAGCCAUCCCUCUCUAGCACAUAGUUAAGCUGGCUUUGUGUGGAGUACCUGCUUGCAGGAAGCAUAGAGUGAAUGCUCUGUUCUUGCCAUGAGAGAUCAGGUGGUGCUGGUUCUAUCUGAAGUCUAUGCAAAAACAACUUCUUAUGAAAUUUGCCGUUAGUUAUUUUGGAUCAGCCCAACUUCUUUCUGUGAUAUACAAAGAUACUAGAUUGGUUUGACUUGCAUUAAGUAGGCAAGUUAAACUAUAGUGUCAGUGAAUUGUCAUAAAUGUAUUUCCUAUUAAAGCCCCUUGAUAUACACUGUCAAAUUUUAAGUUUGUUCUGCAUAACAUAGAACACAUUCUAUUUUUAUUUUAAAAUAUAUGUCGAUGGUACUCUUCACCCCCAUCUCUAUCAGAUAUUCUGCUUAUUUUAGUAGACUCAAAGGAAAGCAACUUGUUAGAAUCCUCUCAAACCUUAAAGACUUCUUGGCAUUUGCAGGUGUCCCACACCAGCAAAAUUUUAGGAACUGGGAGGUGUGUGUGCAUAUCAUGCAGUGAUAGCUGAGUAAGUCAAGAUGAAGCCCAAGAAGCAUGCAACAUGUGAUGAAUUUCACUACAGCUCAGGUGCCUCAACUUAAGUGUUUUAUGUCUAUUAUUCAAGACUCUUGUCCAAUAUUCAGGAACAAUAUAACAAGGCCAGGAUCUAGGGGGCUGCAUGCAGUGUUCCAUGCAUCACUGAGCCUUUUCAGGCCUUCCCCACAUACAUACCCAAAAGCCACUCCUGAAGAUCAGAGAUAACUCUAGAAUGUAUUUGAUACAGUGUAGGGGGACAACAGUGGGACAGG